UUUCCAUUCCACUGAGAUCGUGCUGGCGGAUUGUCGUGCAGGUAUUAGAACAUACUAGGAUAACAUAACAUGAGGAAGCUACCACAAGGGCUGAAGCUGGGUGUGGCUACAGCAGCAUAUCAAAUCGAAGGAGCUUGGAAUUUUGCAGACAAAACGCCUAACAUCUGGGAUACUCUGUGUCACAAUAACCCCGAAAGCAUUAGUGAUGGAACGAACGCGGACGAUGCUUGCAAAUCUUUCGAGUUCUACAAACGGGAUAUUGAUAUGCUGAAAUUUGUUGGAGUGGACUUUUACAGAUUUUCCAUAUCAUGGCCCAGGUUGUUACCCAAUGGAUUCGCGAAUAAAAUAAGCGAGAUAGGAUAUGAGUAUUACAACAACUUCAUUAACGAAUUGCUGGCCAACAAUAUCGAGCCUGUCAUCACUAUGUACCAUUGGGACCUGCCGCAGAAUCUUCAAGAUCUUGGUGGAUGGGCAAAUCCACUAAUUGCAGACUGGUUCGGUGACUACGCACGAGUUUUGUACAAACUAUUCGGCGAUCGAGUUAAGAUGUGGGUGACCAUUAAUGAACCCAAGCAAAUUGGACUAAUGGGGUACGGAAUGAAAAGAAUGGCGCCCGCAUUAAAUGCUACUGGUAUUGGUGAAUAUUUAACGGCGAAGAAUAUUGUUAUGGCUCACGCGAGAUCUUGGCAUAUUUACAAUGAGGAAUUUAGAGACACCCAAAAAGGUGUAUGCGGCAUUACAAUUGCCACGGACUUUCGUGAGGGGGUUACCGAUUCUCCAGAGGACAUUGAAGCCGGUCUCGACGCUAUAGAAUUUGAGGUUGGCUUGUACAGCCAUCCUAUAUUCUCUUCAAAGGGCGGAUUUCCAGAACGUGUUAUAAAACGAGUCGGUGCUAGUAGUGCUGAGCAGGGUUAUCCAAAUAGUAGAUUGCCUGAAUUUACGCCAGAAGAAAUUGAAUAUGUCAAAGGUACCAGUGACUUCUAUGGCUUCAACCACUACUCCUCAAAAUUUUACACGCGCAGUGAGUAUAAGCCUGGAACGUAUGCCGUACCUUCUUACGAUGAUGACAUCGGUGCAGAUUUCACUUACCUGGAUUAUGAGAAGGGUGCUGUACCUCAUGUCACAGUAAUACCACACGGUAUAAGGAAAGCUCUGAAAUGGGUAAAAGACAAUUGCAACAACCCGCCAAUAUUUAUAACCGAAAACGGUUUCGGUACCUUCGGAGGCCUGAAGGACGCUACCAGGAUAUCAUACUACAGGAGAUACCUCGACUCGAUUUUGGACGCUAUAGAGCAAGACGGUUGCAAUGUCGUCUCAUAUACGGCUUGGAGUUUGAUUGAUAACUUUGAAUGGAGCAGUGGUUUAAGCAUCAAGUUUGGGCUUUUCGAAGUGGACUUUGAUGACGAAAAUAGGAAACGAACUGCGAGAGCUUCUGCAUUAUGGUACAAGAAAUUAAUCAGUACUAGGAUGUUAGAUAGCAACGAUGAUGAUAUACCAGAAUUGGUGGAACACAUUUUUUAACAUUUCUUUUAUACAUUCGACCUUUGAGAGAAUGCACUCCUGACAGGCCGGUUACCACCAUCGCUUCUAAGCACCGCUUAUAGCAAUUUUAUUUAAAAAUGA